AUGAGGAGGAAGGACGAAGAGAAGAUCGCUUUAUAUGUUAAAGCUAGGAAGAGACUAGCUAGGCAAAUGGCGAAACUGGUUUCGACUUUACAGAAGAAAAUCAGAACGGCGGAACAAGGCACCACCGCCGCCGAUCUUGCCUCCGCGAUCGAAGAAGUCGUCGGAGUGACGACGGCGGUUUCUCUCGCGCUACUCAACGGAAUCGCUGAAUCGUUCUCGACUAGGAAGCCAUGGGCGUGGACAGGAUUGGAUCGCCUUUCAAAGAAAUCAGCGGAGGAGGAGAAAGGGAUUCGAGAGUUCAGAGAAAUCGGAUCUGAGAAAUUGAGAGAAUUAAAGAAGAAAGGAAAAGAAGAAACGGAAAAGGCGAUGAAGAAGAUGAGAGAUUCAGAGGAUUGGUUUAGCGACAUUGAAACUCGAAGCCAGAAGGUAUUCAGGAGUUUGAUCAGUGCCAGAGUUUCGCUGCUAAACGCUCUGUCACAGCAACAAGCAUCGGAAAAAUAA